GUCACAGGACCUAAGCGUCAUUCCUGGAUCCAGAUUCCAUUCCAUUCCAAUUUCCAAUCCUCCCUUUCAUCCAAUCACAAUCCCUCAACUUGGGUUACCUAUUCUUCGUUAUUGUGGUGGACAAGUAGCUGAGUCGGUAUUUGAAGAUUUCAUUAUUUAUAUGUGAACAGUGACGUAUUGUAUAUUACUGUAUACGUCGUGUGUUUUUACUCUGUUCUUAGAACCAUUUACUUUGUAAUAUGAACGCGACAUUUGGUGAAAAACCUUCAUGACAAAUCUUUUUAUCCAAGAAUAAAGUUUCAGAAUUUCGAUUUUGUGGUAAACUUUCCUUAUUUAAAUCUUAGUUUCGGCUUUUCCUUGUUACGGCUAGGCUGGGCAUUUAAAGCCUAAGCCUGAAAUACUUGCAUCUCCAAAUGAAGUUUUCUUCAACGCCUGCGGUGUCUACCUUUCUGUGUUGAUUCUUUGAAUCAUGUCAAAAAAUAAAUUAAAUCUUACAUUACCUCCGGGAUCGAUUGAACCAGUUAAUGUUGUUUCACCUUCUGCAGUAAUUGACACUGAGAAGCAGAAUAGUGAACCAGCUUCAGCCAGUGCUAAAAGAUGGCCACCCCGCGAGAAACCACAGAUGACUCUCACCCCUCGGAACACAACGUUUAAUGAAACAGUUUCGGUCAAGUCUUCACCUGUUAAUAGGCACAGUACACUCGUUGGCAAGACCAGCAUCGAAGUUCUACAAGAGCGAUUGGAAGAGUUGGGCAUGGACGACACCCAGAGAAAGCGAAUGGAGUUCUUUCUCUGUCAGAAGGAAAAGAUCGGCGAGUUGACAGAUGACGACUUAGAGAAGCUUGGGGAGCUGGGGGCCGGAAAUGGAGGAGUCGUCAUGAAAGUGAGACAUCUACCCAGCGGGCUCAUCAUGGCUAGGAAGCUGAUACACCUUGAAGUGAAGCCAGCCAUAAAGAAACAAAUUAUAAGAGAGCUCAAGGUUCUCCAUGAAUGUAACUUCGCCCACAUUGUUGGUUUCUAUGGAGCAUUCUAUAGUGAUGGGGAAAUCAGUAUUUGUAUGGAGUACAUGGAUGGUGGCUCUCUUGAUUUGAUAUUAAAGAAAGCAGGACGAAUCCCUGAAUCCAUACUCGGCACUAUAACUUCAGCUGUGCUGAAGGGGCUGAGCUACCUUAGGGACAAACACGCCAUCAUGCACAGAGACGUGAAACCAAGCAACAUUUUGGUCAACAGCGGUGGGGAGAUCAAGAUUUGUGACUUUGGGGUCUCAGGCCAGCUCAUCGACUCAAUGGCCAACAGCUUUGUGGGCACUAGAUCGUACAUGUCGCCGGAGAGGCUGCAAGGAACGCACUAUUCUGUCCAAAGUGACAUAUGGUCUCUAGGGCUGUCGCUGGUGGAGAUGGCAAUCGGAAUGUACCCCAUUCCCCCACCAGAUGCCAAAACUCUGGCAGCAAUCUUUGGGCCUAACCGAAACCAGGACGGCGAUCCGUCACAACAAGCAAACGGAAAUGGGCCUCGACCUAUGGCCAUUUUUGAACUGCUGGACUACAUUGUCAAUGAACCCCCACCCAAAUUGCCUUCAGGUAUUUUCUCUGAUGAGUUCAAGGACUUUGUCGACCGCUGUUUGAAGAAGAACCCUGCUGAGAGGGCUGAUCUUAAAACACUCAUGGAUCAUGAGUGGAUCCGACGUUCAGAGAGUGAAGACAACGAUAUUGCUGGUUGGGUGUGUCGCACCAUGGGGCUGACCCCCACCACCCCCACUCGCACCAAUCCCCCAUCCUGAGCUACCCCUUCUCCAUCCGACAACUCAGUGUGUUAGAUACUGUCAACUCAGCUGGAUCGGUCUAACAUUAUUAAGGCCUACUCUUUUCUGUUCCACAUCUUCGGUCUGAGACAUGCCUUUUGGAAUGGUAUUAAGUGGUUGUACACAUUUUAGUCUGUGAAGAAAUGUAUGUUAAAUUUAAUGUUGUGCAAGGCAAAAAGAGGUAGAACUGAGUAGAUUUUACACUAUUAUAGGUUGGAUAAUAUCUUAUCCCUAUAAGACCAUCUACGCCAUUGGUCCUUCGGGUCAUUAAUGCAGAUUUGUUGUGGAGUUAUAGAAUGUUGAGUUAGAAAAUUAAGCUUCUAUGAUUUCAAAUAAGUUAUUCACAAGUUUUUAUUUCGAAAUUAAUUGAAAACAAUUUACCUUAUAAAUAUGUUUAGUUCAGUAACAAUAGAACAAGCAUGUUAUCUUGGAAAAUGGAAUUUACUGUCAUAAUAUCAUUAAUCGAAUAGUAUGUGGAAUCGGCUUGACUGAUGCAUUACUCCAUCAUUACUGUUAAACAGCCUUAUCGUCAGAUGUAUUCUGUAAACAAAUAUUCUUUCAAUAAUUCAUUAGUGAUUAACUGGCAGAGGUAUUGACUCUUCAUUCAGAAUGAUUUAUAUGGACCAUCUGAUGUUUCUGUCAUUCACCGUGUUAUGGUAAAUCAUGCAAAAGUUAUUGAUUUUUAUUUUAAAAUUAAUAAACAUUUUCUGACUCUCACCCCAGAUUUAAUUGUUAAUUGGAUGGUUAAGUGAUUUUAUAGCAGUCAAUUGUUUAAUCUUCAGGUGCUAUUACAUAAGGCAGUUGUUAAUAGUUUGGGGGGUGUGGGGAGGUUUGGUUGGAGGAACCAUCCAACUGAGUUGAAAUGAAUCUUUCUCUACUACUGUCAGUUAUCAAUUCCAAGAUUAAAAUGUGCAUAGCGUACAACUGUUUUGUAUACGUACUUUAUGUUAUAUCAAAAGUCAUAUGUGUAUUUUAAUAGUUGUGUACCACUUCUGUGUAUAUACUUCUAGGAACUUUUCAUGUAAAUUCUAUUUUCUAGUGCAAGUUUCUAGUUUAUUUUGAGUCUGUAUAUUUUGCUCUAUAGGUGUAUGUAUAUUUAUAUUGUGCUUAUUUACAUUCUUCAUAUGGUUUUAUGUUAUAUUAUCACUUCAAUGUGUAUUUAAAAUAAUGAAUGUUUUAAAUUUUUAUAUUUUAAUCUUUUUAGCUAAGUAUUUUAAACAUUACAGUAUGUUGUUUUUAUCGGUAGGGUUCGUACUUAUCUGUGUUGUUAGCUAUUAAUGUUAUUUGAAAUUCAUGAGCAGAUGCUGUUUUUUAUAUCUAUUUAAUAAUUUAUUUUUAAACUGUGUAAGUUACAAUUGAAUGGGGUAAAAUGAUGCUAUUUUAUUUCGGCAUUGACAUUAAUUAAAUUAUUGAACAAUCAUAUAAUGAUAUUGUUUAAGCUCUGUGUUACUCUUUUUACUUCUCUAGUAUGAUUGUAAUACUUUUCACAUUGAUGGCACUGUUGAAACUAUUUCCAAGUUAUUUAUUGAAUCAGUUGUGAUAAAGUAAUAUUUAUUUAAGCGA